AUGGCCCUGGAGCUGGAGGCUCCUCCCAUCUACUACAACAAGGUAGGCUCUGGAGUCUUUGGAUUUGAGAAUUGCUCUGCGCUGUAUAUUGUCAUUCCUUGGUUGAUGGAGCUGGCUGACUACAUUCAAACUGCCUCUGGCAACAAGGCAUUGAUGGGAGCUUGGAUGAGUUCGGAAGCGGCGAUGCGUUUCAAGAUUGGGGAUACCCAGGUAAGUCGAAAUUCAGUGUUGUGCGGCUCGCAGAAUAUCACCUUGGUUGGCAACUCGGUGAUCAUGUACGGCUGCCCAGCUGGCUCCAAGGGAAGAUCCGCCCCUUGA